AUGUGUUGGUGGCAAAAAAAGCAAGGAAAGAAUAACUGUCAUGGAUUACAAUAUCUAGAAGUGGAUUACGAGAAUAACUCAAAAUCUUGGAUGACUAGUGAAUUAUAUGAGAAGUGGCUUCUAAAGUUGGACAAAAAAUUUGCGGCUCAAAAAAGGAAGAUUUUACUUUUUAUUGACAAUUGUCCAGCACAUCCAAAAUCAGCACAAUCGAAGCUAACAAAUAUAAAAACUGUUUAUUUUCCUCCAAAUAUGACAUCAUCCCUACAACCAAUGGAUCAGGGAAUAAUACAGAACCUGAAACAUCACUAUAGAAAGCGAAUUCUAAAGAAAGUUCUGUGCUAUUCAGAGAAAGAAGCUCCUAUGUCAAUUAGCUUACUUGAUGCAAUCAGGGAUUUAAGUAAAGCCUGGAGCUCCGAUGUCAAAAAGGACACAAUUUCAAACUGCUUUAAAAAAGCUGGAUUUGAUGAAGGCAUUGAACUACCAGUGGAUAUUGAAGAUGAAAACCUUCCUUUGGCAGAUUUGUGGUCCGCGUACGUCGAAGAUAACAACAUUGAGGAUGUAACUAUCGAAGAUUACAUUAAUGUUAACAACGAAACAUUCACUAUGGAGUGCCCUUCCGAUGAAGAUAUUCUGCAAAGCAUUCUAUCAAAUCAGUAUGGGCUUAAUAAUUCAGAAAAUGAUGACUCUGACGCUGAUGAAGAAGAAAAUGAAUUGCCGACAUUUUCUCAACUACACUCAUUUUCAACACAAUAA